GCCACUAUACCUCUCAACGCAUGAACGACCUCCCACAUCAUCAGACCACAUGGUACAAAAAUGACUCCAAAAUUGAGUAUAUCUCAUCUGACAAGAAAAACAGAGUACAUUACCACGGGGGAGAGCUCUUUUUCUUAAACCUCCUACCUGAGGACUCUGGACUUUACACUGCUCGGCAUAUUGACUCCUCAUCAGGAAAGUGCAGACUCUAUAAUGUAAGACUUGGCGUACAUAACGCACGUGACCAAAGGAAAUAUUUAUAUGGAGAAGUGGAAAAAUCUGACCAGAAUAUUGAGAUCGAAUGUCCAGAUCCCGUCAAGAACACGUGUGAAAAGUUUGGGGGAAAUUUCACCUGGUACAAGGACUUCAAUCUUCUUCAAGGCAACAACCAUCUGCCUACUCUGUGGGUUAAAAAUGCCGACAAAAAUAACGAGGGCAUCUACACUUGCAUGUGUACCUGGCCAUACAAUCACAAGAUGUACAACUCGUCAGGCUCCAGGAAGCUAAAAGUUUUAGAAAAAAGUAUCUACAAAUGUGAAAUCCUCUCUCCGGCCAACAAGGAGCAGUUUGCUAAUGAAGGCUUUGGGAUUAAGUUGAACUGCUCAGUUUACUGUGGGAUUAAUUUCGACCUCGAGUGUCAAGCUCGCUGGCAACCUGCCAAUAAGAGGGAUGGAUACAAUACAACCACCAAACUAAUCAUGGAGGACCGAACAAAGAACAUCAUCUCCACUGCGGUCUUGACUAUCGACAAAGUGUCAGCUAAGGAUUUUCUAAAUAACUUUCAAUGCAUCGCUGACUGCUACUACGAAAUCAAUACUGCCAAUUUAACUCUUAAGCGGAGAGAAUCAGUAACUCCACUGAUCGUUGCACCAGUGUGUGUGUUGUUCCUCUGUGUGUUCGCUGCUGUGCUGGUAAAGUGCUUUGCUAUCGACCUCGCUCUCUUCUUCAGACGCUUCUUCCUUCUGAGCAGUCACAGAGAAGAUGCAAGGUUGUACGAUGCCUACGUAGUCUACCAGAUGCAGAGCACUGACAAGGGCACUGAGGACACACUCAGUCAGUUUGUCACACAGAUUUUGCCCUCUGUCCUCGAGGAAAAGUGUGGAUAUCGACUCUUCAUCCACGGGAGGGAUGACAUACCUGGGGAAGACCGUCUGGAGCUGGUGGAGGACAGCAUAGAGCAGAGCAGGAGACUGAUGGUCAUCCUCACCCCGGGUUCAGGAUCAGAGCCUGAGAUCACAGGCCAAUGUCCUGCCUCAACCCAAAACUCAGUAAUAGGAGGAUUUGACUGGCAGGUGGGGAUCCACCAUGCGCUGGUCCAGAGGGAGAUGAGUGUGAUUCUGAUUCAGCUGGGGGAAACUGGGCCCCAAGGAUACACAGACCUUCCCGUCGGCUUGCAGCACCUGAUUCGCAAGAGUGCCCCACUGAAGUGGCCAGAUGGUUCACGGGGUGCUGCCGCAUGGACCUCGCGCUUCUGGAAGAGGGUGCGAUACCUGAUGCCCGCCACACCAGCCAGAAAAUGUUCUCCCUCUGUGAUUAUUUGAAGCCCUUGUGCAGUUUGAUUUGCUCUGCCCUUCCUGGAAUGACUGACCUGUAGCAUGUACUAAAAAAAUCUGAAGGAUGGUCCACACUCACUAGUCCUUUUAUACAGAUGUGUGGGAAAAAUCGCAGGCGUCAGCAAUAUUGUUUAUAUAUGAAUGAUGCAAAUAAGUCCAGAAGGAAUGUGUUUAUUGUAGCUAUAUAGAGGAAGCUUUUGGAUCUUAAUAAGGAUACUUAUUUUGGAUAUGUAAGAAUUUAUUAUGCACUUUGUAUAUGUAUAGUUUAAUAUAUAAUCUGUCAACUAAGUCAGCAUAAACUCUUUGGCGUCCUCCUGUAUUGAUGUUCAGUAUGGGUUGAUUAUCCUAUAAAAAUAAGCAAGGUUUUGAUGGUUUCAUGACUACUGGCCAGGGUGCUGUUUCCAGUACCAACAGAGAUAUACAGUAUAGGAGUAUCGUGCUGUUUGUGGGAACCACUGUGGUAUUCUCUCUUCAGCUCUGUGCUACUGGACAGCACAGCUUCUGUCAUUCUGUUUGUCUGGUUGUAUUUACUGUUUGUUAUGAGCUUUUACUUUGAAAUGUAUAGGUUUAGCAUCUGUUAGAGGCUACCCAUGUAUGUCUAAUCCCCAUUGUUAAAGUA